AUGUCUGCUCCAACAACCGCAGACCUGCUCGCACUGUUUACUUCUCGAGACCUCGGGGCACUUAGAGACAAGUAUGGCAGUAUAGAAGGUCUAGCAAAAGAAUUGGGGUCUGACCCUGCCACAGGCCUUUUGAAACCUACCGUUUUGCUCCAUCGAAAAACCUAUGGUAGCAAUACAAUGCCUCUUCGGCGGCCGAGAGGAUAUGGUUGGGCAUUUCUCAGAGGUCUGAAAGACCCCGUGGUGAUUGUACUAACUGUCAUCUCCAUUUUGUUGAUUACCUUCGGAUUGCUUCCGGAUUAUACCUAUGAUGUUUAUGCAUGGAUUGACGGGGUGAUUACCCUAGUGAUGCUUUUGCUACUCUUGUCUAUUAAUGCGGCUAUUGUUUACCAUAAGGACAAAGUGCUGUGGCAGGCUAACGUAAACGCCAAUAAGCAUACUGUCACUGUGGUCAGAGAUGGCAGACCCCAAGAUGAAUCGUCUGACAGCCUUGUAGUAGGUGAUGUGGUAUGUCUUACUGCUGGUUCGUUUGUCCCCGCUGAUGGCGUCUUGCUGAUUAAUACUGACGUGAAAGUGAUCACUGAUCUGUCUACGGUUCUAAAUGGCUCAUUAACGAGCACGUCCGUAACCCAAACAACUGAUCCAUUCCUGAGUGCAGGAACAUACAUUAGCGACGCCACCGAAGAGGUGCGAAUGCUCGUGCUAGUUGUUGGAGAGGCCACUAUUUUAGGGAAGACUCGCUUGAGCAAGGGCUAUCAGAACUUUGCAACAGACCUCCAGAAGCGUUUAGAAAAGCUUUAUCGGUGGACAACAAUCGGAUCGCUAAUAGGCUCACUGAUUAUAUUCCUUGUCAUGGCUGUUCGAUUCUUCUUGGCAGGGACGGCCAAUGAUAAUCGACAGGUCACUACUGUAGUGCGGCAGAUCUCCAUUGCGCUCAUCGUCUUUAUUGUUACGGCACCAGAGGCUCUUCAGAUGGCACUAAGCCUUUCGUUGAGUUACAGUAUGAAGACCAUGUGUAAGGAUGGCAUCCAUAUAAAGAACUACGAUUCCAUUGAAAACCUUGCGUGCUGUACUCAUCUUGUUCUUUCCACAAACACGCUUCCAUCAACUCAGGACGAACUCCUUCAAGCAUCUAGCGCAGGGAUCAAGCUAUGCUACGCCUCUUCUGACCCCCAUGACAUAGCUGUUAAUAAGGCAAAGGUCGCUGGAUUGCUGGAUCAGGACUCUUCCUGUGUAGCUUCUGUGCGCGCGUCUGAGCUAUUCUCUUAUCCUCAGGAAACCAUUAAUAUGAGGCUGAAGGAGACGCACGUUAUCUCGGAGAUAACGGCGCAAGAUCUGCACCGUCUCGUAUGCUUCCUUAGAAGCCCAGAGGACGUGGUUGCGUAUAUUGGAACAGAUAACCUGCAUGCUGCUGCAUUGCGUACUGCCGAUGUGGGACUAUCUACCAGGCUCAAUGGGACGGAUCUCUGCAAAGACAGUUCAGAUAUUGUGCUUGAGCAGGGUAGCUUUUCUGAUCUUAUUGAGGCUAUCCGCUGGGGCAGCAACAUUGUGCACAAUGUAAGGAAGUUUAUCCAGUUUCAAUAUACUGCGGGCGUACUGGUCAUCCUCCUCACGCUCCUGUCCUCUGCAAUCUUCAACAUAAUACUUUUCUCUGCUGCUCAGCUGCUCUACAUCAACCUUGUCAUAGAUGCUCUGGCUGCGUUCGCUUUUGGAGGUGAGCCUCCGCACCGCACGGGUAGUGUUCCUCCACUAUUGAGGAGGACCUAUAAAAUUUUCAAUCCGUCCAUGACGAGAAAUAUAUACAUCUCGGCUCUCUUUACCCUAGUGUCAUGCAUCCUAGCACUUAUUCCCGAUGUUGCAGAUAAGCUUUUUGGAAUCCCUAGUCGACUGGGCGGUCCCUCUGCCACAGAGGACGAGUUUGCACUGGCGCUGGCUAAUAGCUUCAAGCAGACGUGUGCAUACAACAUCCUCGUUAUCUCGCUUAUUUUUAAUAUGUUUUGGGCAAGAACUACGUAUAGGGAGAUGAAUGUGUUUGUUUACAUUAAAAAGUCCAUCAAUAUGUGGAUUGUUAUUGCAGUGAUUGCAUGUACCCAUGUCGUAGUCAUGAUGGUUCCUGGGGUGACUUUUGUUUUCAAGACAUUUAACUGUCUAGGCGACUCGUGUCUUUUAGGCGGAGCCAAUGGGGUCGUUCCGCACCCCCUGAAGUUUUUUAGUAUAGGAUGGCAAGGGUGGAUUGUGACUCUUGUAUUAGGUGCUCUCGUUUUGCCUUGCAACCUGCUUUUUAGAUUGCUUCCAAUGGCACGGGAGUACGGGUAUAGAGGAGCAGGGGGCGUUUCUGCCUCCAAGCUGUAG